AACGCAGCGGCGCCAAGUCCAUUGGGUCAAAUGCCUCCACAAGAUGGGAUGCCAGGCGGUCCCAUGCCCCCCAGUUUCUUCCCUCCUCCCGCCUCCCAGCCAUCCCCUCACCCGCCACCUCACAAUCCCAUGAUGGGCCAAAAUCAGCCUUUCAUGUCACCCAGGUAUCCCGGUGGUCCACGAGUUCCUGUUCGAAUGCCUAAUCAAGUCGAUUUCAACACACCUCCUGGUCCAGGUGGGGGACAGAUGCCUAUGCCAAACAGUAUGGAACCCAGGCCAG